AUGCAUGGCCACCGAGCCCCGGGGGGUGCCGGGCCUUCGGAGCCCGAACAUCCAACCACGAACCUCCCCGGCGCCGCUCCUCUGGUCACUGCCGACACGGACCCUGGAGCCUCUGAGCCCGGACUGCCGGUGCUUAGGGGCGCAGGCUCGGCUCUCGGCGGCCCCCUGGAUCCCCAGUUUGCCGGACCAUCGGACGCCAGCCUGGGCGCUGUUCCAGGCCCCCGGGUCUUACCCUGCGGCCCUAGUCCACAGCACCACAGGGCCCUACGCUUCUCCUACCACCUAGAGGGUUCACAGCCCCGGCCUGGGCUGCACCAAGGAAACCGUAUCCUGGUUAAAAGUUUGUCCCUUGACCCUGGGCAGAGCCUUGAACCUCAUCCAGAAGGUCCCCAGCGGCUUCGCUCAGACCCUGGCCCCCCUACUGAAACCCCCACUCAGCGUCCCUCACCACUGAAGCGGACACCAGGCCCAAAGCCACAAGUCCCCCCAAAGCCCAGCUACCUGCAGAUGCCCCGGAUGCCCCCCCCACCUGAGCCCAUUCCCCCUCCACCAUCACGCCCUCUGCCUGCAGACCCCCGAGUGGCAAAGGGCCUGGCCCCUAGGGUGGAGGCCAGUCCAAGUUCUGCAGCGGUAUCCUCACUGAUUGAAAAAUUUGAAAGAGAGCCUGUGAUUGUCGCCUCGGAUAGGCCAGCCCCUGGCCCCAGCCCAGGUCCCACAGAGCCAGCCAUGUUGCCACAGCCACUCCCACAGCCACCAGUGCCCCAGCUUCCUGAGAGUGAGGCCUCCCGCUGCCUGUUCCUGCUGGCUCCUGGGCCCCGGGAUGGCGAGAAGGUGCCCAACCGGGACAGCGGCAUUGACAGCAUCAGCUCACCAUCCAACAGUGAGGAGACCUGCUUCGUCAGUGAUGAUGGGCCCCCGAGCCAUAGCCUGUGUCCUGGGCCCUCUGCCCUAGCCAGUGUCCCUGUUGCUUUGGCUGACCCCCACCGGCCCGGCUCCCAGGAGGUUGAUAGUGACCUGGAAGAGGAGGACGACGAGGAGGAGGAUGAGAAGGACAGAGAAAUCCCAGUGCCCCCAAUGGAGAGACAGGAGUCUGUGGAGUUGACCGUGCAGCAGAAGGUGUUCCACAUUGCCAAUGAGCUCCUGCAAACUGAGAAGGCCUACGUUUCCAGGCUCCAUCUCCUGGAUCAGGUGUUCUGUGCCCGGCUACUGGAAGAAGCUCGGAACCGCAGUUCCUUCCCUGCUGAUGUUGUCCAUGGCAUCUUCUCUAACAUCUGCUCCAUCUAUUGCUUCCACCAGCAGUUCCUGCUGCCUGAGCUAGAGAAGCGCAUGGAGGAAUGGGACCGCUACCCGCGCAUCGGAGACAUCCUACAGAAGCUGGCACCCUUCCUCAAGAUGUAUGGCGAGUAUGUGAAGAACUUUGACCGGGCUGUGGAGCUGGUCAACACCUGGACAGAGCGCUCCACCCAGUUUAAAGUAAUCAUCCACGAGGUACAGAAGGAGGAAGCCUGUGGCAACCUGACAUUGCAGCACCACAUGCUGGAACCUGUGCAGCGCAUUCCCCGCUAUGAGCUGCUUCUCAAGGACUAUCUGUUAAAGCUGCCCCAUGGCUCCCCGGACAGCAAGGACGCCCAAAAAUCUCUGGAGCUGAUAGCCACAGCAGCAGAGCACUCUAACGCUGCCAUCCGCAAAAUGGAGCGAAUGCACAAGCUGCUGAAGGUAUAUGAGCUGCUAGGGGGUGAGGAAGAUAUUGUCAGCCCCACCAAAGAGCUCAUAAAAGAAGGCCAUAUCCUUAAGCUGUCGGCAAAGAACGGGACCACUCAAGACCGAUACCUCAUACUAUUCAAUGACCGCCUCCUUUACUGCGUGCCCAGGCUGCGGCUCCUUGGCCAGAAGUUUAGCGUGCGGGCACGCAUUGAUGUAGAUGGCAUGGAGCUAAAGGAAAGCUCCAACCUCAAUCUGCCUCGGACCUUCCUGGUGUCAGGAAAGCAGCGCUCCCUGGAGCUCCAGGCUAGGACUGAGGAGGAGAAGAAAGACUGGGUCCAGGCCAUCAACUCCACUCUUUUGAAGCAUGAACAGACGCUGGAGACCUUCAAACUGUUGAACUCAACAAACAGGGAAGAUGAAGACACACCCCCUAACUCUCCAAACGUGGAUCUUGGGAAGCGGGCACCUACACCCAUCCGGGAAAAGGAAGUCACCAUGUGCAUGCGCUGCCAGGAGCCCUUCAAUUCCAUCACCAAACGCAGGCACCACUGCAAGGCCUGCGGGCAUGUGGUUUGUGGGAAGUGCUCCGAGUUCCGGGCCCGUCUCAUCUAUGACAACAACCGCUCCAACCGUGUGUGCACUGACUGCUACGUGGCCUUGCAUGGGGUUCCUGGGAGCAGCCCAGCCUGCAGCCAGCAUACACCCCAGCGCCGGAGGUCCAUCCUGGAGAAACAGGCCUCAGUGGCUGCGGAGAACAGCGUCAUCUGCAGCUUCCUACACUACAUGGAGAAAGGUGGGAAAGGCUGGCACAAGGCAUGGUUCGUGGUCCCUGAGAACGAACCCUUGGUGCUGUACAUCUAUGGAGCCCCUCAGGAUGUGAAAGCCCAGCGCAGCUUGCCCCUCAUUGGCUUUGAGGUGGGGCCUCCUGAGGCAGGGGAGCGGCCUGACCGAAGGCACGUCUUCAAGAUCACCCAGAGCCACCUGAGCUGGUACUUCAGCCCUGAGACAGAGGAGCUGCAGCGGCGCUGGAUGGCAGUGCUUGGUCGGGCAGGCCGUGGGGACACGUUCUGCCCAGGGCCCACACUGUCUGAGGACAAGGAGAUGGAGGAGGCACCGGUGGCAGCUUCAGGAGCCACUGCUGAACCCUCUGAAGCUCCCCAGACCCGAGACAAGACCUAGAGGGUUUGGGGGGAACUGGGGCCCCCUCCCCCACACUCUAACUGCCCAUGUCCAGUUGGGGGCCCCAGGCCCCUCCCUCCCAGCUCAGUCAAUACUUGAACUCCCAUCAUGGGCACUUUCAAUCCCCAGUGCUGGGUCUUGGGUUUUUUAAUUCUUUUCACAAAACAUGGGCUUUUAAA